GGGCCCGCCUGCGGGGCGGGCCGGGGGUACCGGGGGGCCCCGGGGGGUACCGGGCGGUACCGGCCCAUACCGGGCAGUGCCGGGGGUCCCGGCGCCCUCGCAGUCCGUUGGCCCCCCAGGAUGGCGGCGUGGGCGCUGCUGGCGCUGCUGGCUCUGGCUCCGGCGGCGGCAGGGGGAAUGCUCAGCUUUGCCUCCUACUAUGGUGACCACAUGGUGCUGCAGCAGAAGCCGUCAGGGGCUGUGGUGUGGGGCCACGGGGAGCUAGGGGCCAUGGUGACCCUGACUCUCUCAGGUGCCAGUGGCCUCGUCAUCAUGGAGAAAACAGCACAGGUUAAAGGACCUUCUGGGACUUGGACAGCUGUCCUGGACCCAGUGGAUCGGGGCGGUCCCUAUGCACUGACAGCUGAGCAGGGCUUGGAGAAAGUGACACUGCGGGACAUCUACUUUGGAGAUGUGUGGCUUUGCAGUGGGCAGAGCAACAUGGCAAUGACAGUCCUGCAGGUGGCCAAUGCCAGCCAGGAGCUCGCCGCCGCCACUCACUAUCCCUACAUCCGUAUCUUUGCUGCGGCGCCUGCCCGCUCCAGUGUGGAGCUGGAGGACCUGGAGCAGAUUGAUUUGCCAUGGUCCAUUCCAACAGCUGAAAACCUGGGCCAUGGGAAUUUCACCUACUUCUCGGCCGUGUGCUGGCUGUUGGGGCGCUCCCUGUAUGAGGCUCUGGGGUCCCCCAUCGGGCUGGUGGAGGUAGCCUGGGGAGGGACCCCCAUCGAGGCCUGGUCCUCCCGCCGAGUUCUGCAGGCAUGUGGGCUCCCAGAGGACACAGGGAGCACCUUCCCACAUCAGCAUCUCUCUGGCCCACAAACGCCCUCCGUGCUCUGGAACGCCAUGAUCCACCCGCUGCUCAACAUGACCCUACGGGGUGUCGCUUGGUACCAGGGUGAGGCCAAUACCUUCCUGAACACAGACCAGUACAACUGCACCUUCCCUGCGCUCAUUGCUGACUGGCGCUGGGCGUUCCACACCGGAUCAGCCAGACAGACGGAGCCACUUCUCCCCUUUGGCUUUGUGCAGCUGUCCACCUACCGCCGUCAGAGUGCAGACGACAGCUUCGCCCGGCUCCGCUGGCACCAAACAGCCAACCUGGGGGUUGUUCCCAAUGCCAGGAUGCCCAGAACUUUCAUGGCUGUAGCCAUGGAUCUGGGCGAUGAGCACUCUCCCUAUGGCAGUAUCCACCCCCGGGACAAGCAGAAUGUGGCUCACCGACUGCUGCUGGGUGCCAUGGCUGUGGCCUAUGGGGACAAGGGCCUCGUGUUCCAGGGACCAUAUCCCACCCGGGCUGUCCUGGAGGUGACCAGGGGGCUGCUGAAUGUCACCUACAGCCAGAAGCUCAUCUACCGUCAGAGGGAUGCGCGGGCAUUUGAGGUGUGCUGUUCCAGCCAGGCAUCCCCGUGCCAGUGGCUGCUGGCACCAGUGGUGGCAGUGGGGUCCCGCACGGUGACGUUGGCGCUGAGUGGCUGCAGGACACUGGUGCUGGGCCUGCGCUAUGCCUGGGCUGAGUGGCCCUGUGAGUACCAGGCCUGCCCCCUGUACAACUCCCAGGGGCUGCCUGCACCCCCCUUCCUGCUGGACACCCUCCCUGCAGGGAAUGCUGACGGAGGGAGGGAGCUGCUGCUCCUUCCCAGCUCCAGGUACCCCCUAAAUUAGGGAGAUGAGUGAGCUCAGACCUCUGGCAAAACACUAAUGGCUCCUGGCACUGUCCCUUCCCAAGCCAGGGAAUCAGAGACUUCAUUACUACCUUAUUAAUUAAACAAAUUUUCAGCUCCUCUGUGGACUCAAGCCAAGGCUACAGGGUGGGGGGAAGGGGGAAAAGCCAAUUACAAUUAAAUAUAUGAAAAAUUAUGUAAGGAGAAGCAGCAGGACACAGCAAUGGGAGCUGAACCCCUCACUGCUGCUCCCUUCCCUAUGGAGCUGGUCCUGGCCCCCCAGACACCCCAUUUCUCUGGGUACAGACUGCUGAUCCCCAGGGCAGGGUGCUCACAGGAUCCAGGGAUCAGCUUCCAGCUGCAGGGUGGAGAGGGGGAGAGAGGAGCUCUGCCAAAAAACCACAGCCAAAUACUAAGGCUGGGCUGGGACGGAGCUGUGGAGGGCUGCAAGUGCCUUCCACCUCCCUCUCUUAAUAAAAAGUUAAACUCA